AUGGUUAUUUCUGAUAAUAUUAUUGGUGGUGUUCAUAUUUUAAAUAAUGGCGUCAAGAUGCCUUAUGUUGGAUUAGGAACAUAUAAAAUAGUUGGACAAGAUGCUAUAGAUAUUGCUGUUAAAAGUGCUUUAGCUGCUGGUUAUAGAAUGUUUGACACUGCAAAAUAUUAUCAUAAUGAAAAAGAAUUAGGAUUAGCUUUUGAAAAAUACUUGCCAGAAUUUAAUUUAAAAAGAGAAGAUAUUUUUAUUACAACUAAAUUUUGGUUAUCUGAAUCUGAUAACUAUACUGAAACACAAAAACAUGUCCAAAAAUCACUAGAACUUUUUAAGACAAAUUAUUUAGAUCUUGUUUUAAUUCAUUACCCAAAAGCUGAUGAAUGUUCAAAUGAUGAUCCUAGAAAUUCUCAAAAUAGAAAAGAUGCUUAUUUAGCAUUGACAGAAAUUUAUAAUAGUGGUGUUAUUAAAGCUAUUGGUGUUUCUAACUUUGAAGUUUUUCAUAUUGAAGAUUUAUUAACAGAUGCUAAAGUAAUGCCUGCUGUUAAUCAAUGUGAAUUUCAUCCAAUGUUUACCAGACAAGAUAUAAGAGAUUUUUGUAAAAAACAUGAUAUAUUUUUCCAAGCAUUUUCAUCAUUAGCACGCUUUCAUAAUGAUGUUAUUAAUAAUACAACUAUUGUUGAGAUGGCAAAAAAAUAUGAAACAACUGUUCCAUUAAUUCUCCUUGCUUUUGCACUUUGCCAAAAUGUUGGUAUUGUACCAAAAUCUCUCUCACCAGAAAGAAUAGCUGAAAAUAUUUCUGCUACUAAAAUAAAGUUGUCCCAAGUUGAUAUUAAUACAUUAAAUAGUUUAAAUAUUAAUCAACAUUAUAUUAGAUGUACUGGAUGGCUUGUUAAAACAUAG